AUGGGACUCUUCCAAGGAGUAUUUGGGAGAAGAGCACCAUCAUCCAAUCCGCCACCUGGCGUUCGAAAAGAUGAGGCUGAUAUCGAGGAUUUGCUGGAUCGCUUGUGUCGGCCAGUAUCUGCGACCAGCCCUAGCGCAUCUAGCAGCGUGGGCAUCAACCGAUGCAAUGAGAUAAGUGAUAUUCUCUUGAACAAAGGCAAAGUCACCGGCGAUGAGCGACUGCUUGCCUGGAGUGAGCGACCGCGCAUAUACAUUGUUUUGCGCAACAUCCAGCGGUUAGAUCUGUUGGACUCUUUUGUGAAGGCCGAGUUGACCGACUUCCAUAUUCCCUUUAACGAGGACACACUUCCAGCCUUCUUGUACGAGAACGAAAUUCGAGAGUCAUUCUUGCACUUUCAGAGCUAUGUGCUUUCUUCCGGGGCAAAGGGCCUAGAUGAUCACGGUGGACCGCAUCUGAGUCUUGCGGGGAAUGCACAGAGAUAUUUCUACUAUAAGGGCACGCUGGGGCAGGGUGGAUAUGGGCUAGGGCAAAUGUCUCUGAUCCGGGAGUUGUCAUAUCUGAAAACUCUUUCUCAUAAUCAUCUGGUUCGAUAUGUCGCUUCCUACACCGAUGAGAAGUAUAUUGCAUUCCUUAUGCAACCCGUGGCAGACUAUGACCUGGAAAAACUGUUGCGAAAUCUAGGCCGCGCAGGGACCGGGGCUGAGUGCCUGCGACCAUUCUUCGGGUGCCUGGCGGGCGCAAUCCAGUAUCUGCACGAGAACAAGAUUCGUCAUCGGGAUCUCAAGUCGCGGAACAUUCUCAUCAAGGACGGCCGGGUCUUCGUGGCUGAUUUCGGAACGGCGUACAGCUGGAAGGGCUCGAAACACAGUAUCACCAACCAUCGCAAUGUCCCAUAUACAGCUGAAUACAUUGCUCCAGAGGUCGCGCUACAUCAGAGCCGCAGUACUGCGAGUGAUAUGUGGUCACUAGGCGUGGUCUUCAUGGAAAUGUCCACCGUUCUGAUGGGCAGCACUAUUCGCGAGUUGAAAGCCCGGCUGCAUGCGUUUUCGCAUCCUCACGGAACAGAGCCUUACCUAUGGGCAAACCUUCCUGUGAUAGAUACGUGGAUCGGGGCACUCACCAGUUAUGCCGAAGCGCGGGAUGAAAGCACCGAGCCAUUAUCCUGGGUGCGAGAUCUGCUGCAGGAGAAACCAAAUAAGCGCCUAAAGGCUGGAGGUCUUAUGAAACAUGUCCUAGAGUCGCCCUCUUUCCACGCUUUCUGCUGCGUUGACUGCUGGCCGGUUUACGAACAGCGUUCCUUUCUUUAUACCCAGCAAACCCUAGACAGCCAAGCUCCUGCCCCGGGUAACUCGGCAGACGUGCGUGCCCAGCUCACUGCACUUUUGGAGCCCCCAGUCGACAAGGCCCGAGAGUCGGAGAGAAACCAGACCAUUGAGAACUGGCUGGACGAUGUCGGGGAUGACGAUAUGUCGUUGACUUCAGUGAGUAUUAGUGGCACAGCUGUGUCUUCGGAUAUAGAGGUCCCUAUCCGGAUCGUGGAGGACAGCUCGACAGCUUACUCUGCCGAGAGCUCUGAUGAGGAUAGAAUGGUGCAUCUGGAUGAAAUAUCUAUCACUGGCAGUUAUCUGUCGUUGCACGAGGAUAUGGACUCGCACAGCGACCCGGCUGAUGGCAAAUCAGAGAGAACGACCCGGCCGUUUCAAGUCCCGACUGAAUCUGUUCAGGAUAUCACCGUCCAAGGCGAGUCACACAAUGAUGGCGCGGGGGGUGGGGCGACAUAUGACGGUGGUGGUCAACUAGGGAAUAUAUGGUCUCUCGCGGAAGCUGAAUUGAAUGUUUGGGCAGAUGAUACCCGGGCCGAGACAACCGACAGAGGACCAGAAUUCCUAGCGAAUAUGCUACCGUCCUCCAGUGGUACAGUUUGGAAAUAUGACGACUCGCUAGAUCUACCUCCUCUACCUCCGGUAGUAGAGACCUCAACAAGCGAUCCCUCUUCCUCAGAAUGCAAGGAGCCAAUGGUAUCCAGGGAAGGGCAAGACUCUGGGGUUCUAUCAUGGUCAGAAACAGCAAUAUCACAAGUUCCAAGCGAGAAGAGAACUCUGAGAGUACAAUCUACAGAUCUGUUCAAGAGCCCGCGUUUGCCUUGCGCUGAUACACCGGACAAGUCAGCAGUUGAUUGGACAAUUGUCUCUCGUGAAGGGGACCCGACGGCUUCAUCACCAAGUCAUGACUCAGAAACAAAGGCAUCUGAGCAUGGAAUAUCUUUUAAAGCCAUCGACCAAUCUUCAAGUGACCUGAUACCACAGGCUGUUGGAAAUGGUUCUUCUUUGAGCCGAGAAAGCGAUAUGGGCGUCGAAACGCCACAGGAGAAUGCAUCACAGGCCGCACCAGAAGUCAAGACAAAGCCGUGCGAAAAGAAGAAACAAAUCAAAGAGCGCGUCGGUCCAGCGGUAUGGAUUAGCGAGAGACCGCUACAAGAGAGGCCAGAAGCUGGAGAGGAACCACACAUAUCAUCCUGUUCGGUGAAGAAGAACAAGUCCAAAGAGCAAGAUGACCAAAGCGCGUCGAUAAAGAAACUGCGAAACGAAACAUCGCCACCCGUAUCGGAACGGAAGACAGAGGCCAAGAAGGUGAAGCAGAUCCCGCCUGCCAGUGAAUCACAAAGGGAUGGAUCCCAAGAUAAACCAAAAGCCAUGGCAGCACCACAAGGGACAUCUACCCCAGAGGGGAAGAGGUUACGGUUUACAGAGACGGAGCAAGCACGACCUAUGAAGGAGUCGAGUGAUCACCUCACACAGCCCGAAGCGAAUACCAAACCGGAGUCACGUAAUAAACCCAGCCCAGAAAAGAAGACACGGUCCGAAAAAGCGGAAGGUCACACAUCACCAGCCAAGGGAGAAAAAAAGGCAACCAGUUCCAAGAAAGGGUCCAUGUCUCUCCACAAACAGGCACUCUUAUCAAGCGCAAAACAGGCUACACCAAAAAAACAAAGCCCGGGAUCAGUUUUCAGUCCUCAGGUGUAUAUGGACACGGCCUGGGAAGCCGCCUCAACGCAAGACACCCGAAUAAUUCCAAUCAAUCGCCGCAGGCUGAGUAUGUGGAAAUGGUUAGAUCGGGACCAACGCAUUCUGGAGAGUUUUUGUACUGAAGGGGCCGUGCAAGCAGUGAGGAUUCUACUAAGAGACGGGUGCAAUCCGGGAACUGAAUUCAAGCCCCGACCAGCACCUCUUAUUCGAGCAAUCAAGGGAGGCACAUAUCAGCACUAUAAAUGCGUCCAGGAGCUAAUGAACCACGACGUCAAUUUGAACGUCAGAGAGAGAAGGACCGGACGCACGGCCUUGCAGAUCGCAAUCGAGCAGUCGUUUUUCGCCGGCCAUACGAGUCUUGUCCGAGACCUGAUCAACGGCGGUGCUGACACAAACAAGCCCGAUCAUACCGGUAAACGACCUAUUCUGAGCGUCUUCGACGUCCAAAAGACCGACGUUCUUGAAAAACACCAACUCGAUGCACUGGCGUGUCUUCUCGUCGCAGGUGGGGGGAAGGAGACAGAUGUCAAUGUCUACACCCCUCAUACGCGUGACAGCCCUUUGCAUCUUGCCAUCAGACGACGGAGUCCGAUGGCCGUGGGAUUGUUGCUUUUCCGUGGUGCAUCUGUCAAUGCCAAGAAUCAAACUGGUGCCACACCCCUGCUCCUGGCUGCAGCUCAAUGGGCUGGACCCUUAGUCGCAGAUCAAGAAACCAUUUUGGACCUUCUUCUCCAGAGUCAAGGUAUCAAGCUUAAUGAGAAUGCCGGCGUGCAGCGUCGAACCGCGCUCCAUCAAGCAGUCUUUCGUGCCACUCCGCUGGCCGUGGGAAAGCUUCUGGAAGGGGGGGCUGCUAUCUCUACAAAGGAUUCUGAAGGUAAAACGGCGCGACAGUUAGCAUCAGAGCUAGACAAGACGAAGUGGCAAGAUGAGAGGGCCGAGAUCAUCCGGCUUUUGGAUGAAAAGAACGAGAAGUCAAGGGUCAAACCACAAUAG